AUGGCAGGGGCAGAAAGUGAAUACACCGUUACUCUAUCUCCAUUCCCUGCCUCCACCCGGACAGCCUCGGCGAGUAUCAAAGGCACAGAAACAACUGCAACAACGGUCCAGUUUACGGACAAGAUUCUGAUCACAGUCACCCAGAAUGGACGGUUAGCUCACUGGGUACACGUUCCCCUCGAUGUCUCCGCCACCGACAACCCCCUGUCCUCCAACCCGUACCUAGACCAGGAUGACGAUCUUCCUCCUUCCGAUCUUCUCCCCAUGCACCACCUGACCGCCACGACUAUCCUUGGUGGUACUAUCCCUGAGCUGGAAGUGCUAGGUCAAACAUUGGCUACGCAGAUAGCGAGUGCGGUCUUGACGAAGAACUCGAGCGAGAAGAGAAUGGUCGUCUUGGGCAUGGGCCUGGAAAGAAAUAUGAGUGGCAGAGAGGAGUUUAGUGAGCUUAUGGGCUUGGUUCUCGAAGUGCUCUAA